GAAUCAAUAAACCUUCCAUACAUGAUAGCCGAGCUCAUCAUAGCCCUCCUCUCCACCGUUGGCAAUCUGCUAGUCUGCGUAGCAGUUGGACUAAACAGGAAGCUCCAAACAGUCACAAACUACUUUCUAGUAUCACUAGCGGUGGCGGAUAUCUGCGUCGGUGCAUUGGCGAUCCCUUGCGCGAUUAUGACAGACCUGGGAAUCCCUAGGCACAACCUCUACUUGUGUUUACUAAUGCUGUCUGUGCUAAUCAUGCUAACCCAAAGCUCCAUCUUUAGCCUGCUGGCAGUUGCUGUAGAGCGUUAUGUAGCCAUUUUUAUGCCUUUCCAAUACCAUCGGCUCAUGACACCCCGAAACGCGGUGCUGAUUUUGUGCGUGACUUGGACGCUGGCUUUUCUGAUCGGUUUGGUGCCGCUGAUGGGUUGGCAUAAGCCUCCGCCUGAAUCGGGCUACUGUUUCUUUGUGUUUGUGGUGGAUAUGACCUACAUGGUCUACUUUAACUUCUUCGCCUGCGUCUUGGUUCCACUGGUGGUCAUGUUUCUCAUCUACGCACAGAUUUUUGUCACGGUGAAGCGUCAGAUGAGGAGGAUCGCUGCCGAACGCGGAGGUGCAGGAAACACAGAGGGAACGGCGAAGAUGAAGAAAGAGAUGAAGAUGGCAACUUCACUCUUCUUAGUCCUUUUCCUGUUCACUUCCUGCUGGAUUCCACUUCAUAUUAUUAACUGUUUCCUGCUGCUGUGUCCAUCGUGUCCCGUUCCUCUACCGCUUUUAUUAACAGCUAUUAUUCUCUCCCAUGCUAACUCAGCUGUCAACCCGUUCCUCUACGCAUACAAGAUGAAGACCUUCAGAAAUGCCUUCAAGAGCAUCUUUAUGUGCUGCAGGGGAAUAAGUGAUGGAGACGACGCAUGA